GGGCCAUAGAAGGGAGAACGUACCGGAAGCGUAGCACUACCACAAAGCAACAGUGCUCUAGAAUCGUUUUCUCUGACGAUUAUAGGGUCGCUGCAUCCUUACAUUUUUUAUAGUUUCAAGUUUUUCGUCUUCCUCUUCCUUUCAGUGCUUAUCUUCUGAUUUGAAAAUUCUGAAGAAAAUUCGUCGUGAUUCAAAAAUUAUAAGAAAUGAUCGACACAUUUCUUGUUGUUGAUAUCUCAGAAAGAUCCACGAUAAAAUCCAAAAAAAAUGGUUCACCAGAUUGUCGGCGAAAACUACUACAGCGCAGACGCUGCAUCUGAAAUACGCUCCAUGAAAUACGCUUCGACUCGUGGAGGUGAAAAAGAUGUGGCUUUUGUAGAUGCCGUCCUACGUGGAUUAUCCGCUGACGGAGGCCUCUUGGUGCCACAGGAUGAAUUGCCGAAGGAGAUUACCGCUGCGACCGUUCUUCAAUGGCACAAACUGUCUUAUGCGGAGUUGGCGUUUGAGGUACUUGUCACUAGAAAUAAUUUCUAUGAAGAUAAUUUUUGAUGUUGUAACAAAAACAACAGGAACAAAGUGCAAGGAGGUUUCGCAUAAUGUCCAAGUCGCUCCUACAGUCAGUGUAGAAGAUGUAUGGUUCUGGUAUUUUUGGUAUAGCCUGAAUUUGAUCCUAAGGGUUCUCUUCUUGUUUUCCCUUAGGAUCCAACUCAGGUUACCAAAUACCGGAACCAUUCAGAAGAUGUCACGACAUCAAGAAACUACAAGGUGUAAUAGUUACAACAACGCAUCGUCCCAAUCUACAUUCAAAUUCAACUCAGAUCCUCCGCCUCUUCAUCCCACCUCGCGAAAUCGAUGACACCACUCUACGAGCUCUGUGCGACAAGACCUACAAAACCUCUGAGCCGUCCAACUGGCGAGCUCCGACUGCGGAGGUUGUCGAAAUCGUGAAACCCGAGAACGACCCGCACGACAUCGCUAUGCUAGAGCUAUUCCAUGGACCUACCUUCGCGUUCAAGGACUGCGCGUUGCAAUUUUUGGGUAACCUCUUCGAGCUCCUCAUCCAAAGACAAGAGGAACAGAACAAGGCGGAAGGAAGUUCUUAUGACUCAACAUGUACUAUUACAAUAAUUAACAUUUUUUCGUAGAAUAAAGUUUAUUAAGUGAAUGGUUUCGGUAUUUCAUAUUUGGUAACCUGAAUUUGAUCACAGGGAUUCUCUUCUUGUUUUCCCUCAUGAUCAAAAUCGGGCUACCGAAUACCAAAACAAUACAUUAAGUAGAAUUGACAGCGUGGCCAUGGUCAGUAACAGUUAUAUAUAAAGGAAUCAUGGAGUUGUAGUCGUGUAGUCACAUAUAUAUUCUUUCUACAAGACAUACCACUCGCAUUCUUGCUUCAACUUCUAACUCCCCACUUGCAAGUCCGCUGUGAUUCUUGGUGCCACAUCCGGCGACACUGGUAGCGCAGCUCUAGCUGGCGUACAGGGAAAGCAGAAUGUCAAUGCGUUGAUUCUGUACCCUCAAGGCCGUGUCAGCCGUACCCAGGAGUUGCAGAUGCUGAGCUUUAACACCAAUGAACCUACUGGUGAAACUCUGGAUGUCGCAUCGACUCUUACUUAUGAUAAACUUAUCGCUAGAGUAGUCCGCUUUUCGAGUUACGGGUUGCUCGAGUUCUCUCGAGUUGCCACGAGUUGCCGAAACUCACGCGCCCAGUCCGGAACGAGUUGCUAACGAGUUCCUCUCGGCAGCUUGCCACUUUGAAAGCGCAGCACCCCGCGGCGGUAUGGCGGGCCAAGAUGCCGCGGAGUUCAGGGGGAAGCUCGUAGCCAGUUGCUUCGUGGCAGAUCUGCCGUCUGUAUUAAAGAGACACGCCCCGGCCGAGCUCUUCGGGGCUUGGGCUUAGCGAAAGUAUGAAGGCGAGCCCGGGGCCUUUUUUGUUUGAGUGGCGCGCGCGCAAGCCUUGUGAAGUGCAGCGAUUUCCCCGCGGUGUCGGUGUCUCUGCAUGGUCGUGCGCUGAUGUCGGUCGCGAUCUGGCUUUGUUUUUUUUGCUGGUGAGUGGCCAGCUUGUUCGGCUUCUUGGGGCCCCUGUUUGCGCUGUACGUAGUGGGCUUACUGAGUAGCGCGCCGCCUAGUGGGUAGCGAUAGCAUCACAAGCAGGGCCCCCCUGAGUAGUGUACUUAGACGCAUCGGGAUCGGAAUGGAGUAGGUUUAUUUGUGUGCUUGUUUUAUAGGGCAGCAGCUAUACCAGGCAGGCGCGCUAUCUUAGUAACACAAAACUACGAGGGCAGGGCCCUGGGUGGCGUUGCUCUUGUCUGCCCCGCGCAUGCAGCGCCUCGCAGAGAAGAGAGGGCGCUACUGGAGGCGUUCGCUUGUGAAGGUGGUUUGCGCCCCUGGGCGACGUAUUUGACGCUUCGAAGAUAGUGCGCCCGAAGGGCGCAGCGCCAACUUUUUUGGUAUGGAACUCGUUCAACUCGAGCAACUCGAGCAACUCGACCCGAUAUCGGGCGCAAAAAGUCUAAUUCUAUUAUCCAAUCUAUCAUCAUAUAUGAUCCAGGGCUUGGGGCUGCCGGUACCCCCCCUAGCGUCGGGGGGGGGUACCGGCAGCCCCGGACCCCUUUAGAGGCCUGCCACCACCGGCAGACGCCUGCGCCCCUGUCAUGGGGCUUGGCGGUCCCUAGCGGCCUCCGACGUAGAUGGAAGGCCUCAAGAGGGGCCCAAGGGGCCGCCUCCACCGACCACCCCACAGGGGGGGGGACCGCCCGGCCCCAAAUCAUAUAUGGAUAUGCUAGCAUGAUGAUUAGACAACUGUAAUCAACAUUCUCGGAAAAAAAUAUAUCCUUCACCUCCACCUCAAUCGUCGUAGUUAUCACCUCUAACCUUCCUCAAGUGCAUCCAACCCGCAAAACCAGAAUUCCUCAAUGGGAUCCCGAAUCGUCUCCAAGGAACGAGCAUCCACAAAAGCCUCAAACGUCGUUCUUGCGUGUGCAGUGAAGGGUGCGACGUUUGACGACUGCCAAGCCAUUGUGAAGAGCGUCUUUCGGGAUGAAGCGUUUGUGAAAAAACACAACAUCUUGGCAGUGAAUUCGAUCAACAUUAGCCGUGUUUUGUGCCAGAUGGUGUACUAUAUGUACUGCUACUUCCAGAUGAACAAGGAAAAGCUGGAUGCACUGUCUUCAGGUGGAUUAUUGGCAAGGGCCGUGCAGAGGGGAGAGGUAUUAGUCGACGUGUAGAUGCUAUGUUUCUCUAACUCUCCUUUGCGUCUUUCAGUCUCUAUUAAUUCAAUCUACCAGGAAUAGGCACGAGAUUAUACCAUCGCUGAAUGGAUAUCGAUCAGUCUCUUCACAACACUGCUCAUUUCAUUCCCACCACCUCCAGCUCCCUUCGAUGCGUUUUUGCGUUCCCACCGGUAACUUUGGAGAUGUCUUGGCUGGCUACUAUUGCAAGAAGUAUUUUCGUCUCGGCAAUUUGUUCGAGUUUGUGAUUGGCAGUAACGAGAACGAUAUCCUGACGCGAUUCAUGCAGAGCGGGCGCUACGAACCGGCAGGGCGUGUGCGAGAGACCUUGUCGCCGUCUAUGGAUAUUCAGGUGAGCUCCAACUUCGAACGCUUUCUGUAUGACGUUGCACUCAAUGGUGGAACCGCUGCUCACGAAUUGUACUCUGCCGCAUCGAAGCAUUCUCAGGAAGAGGAUCAUGCCGCAUCGAAGCAUUCUCAUCAAACCUCAGCGAAUGUUAAGGGUUUCCGAAUUGCAUUCCUCGCUACCCAUGUCCUCCUUGGCGAUUUUCUUAUUUGGAAAGAAGCCAGGGUGGAUGUUCUCAGCCUCUGGAAUGUGAUUCCGUCACGUGGUCUAAGAAUGGAGCAGUGGAGGUAGAAGUUACAGCUCGAGCACGCGUUCGCCAAUGGUUUUCUGAAGAUUUGAAGAACAGUGGACGCUUCUCCGUAUCCAUCUCCGAGCUAGAGUGGGCGCAACGGGAAUUUGCGGCACAGAGUGUGACGGAGACUGAAAUUAAGGGUACACCUUUAAGGUGCUUUGCUUACGGCUUUUGAUGCCUCUCCUAGGGGAGAAAGGCGUAACAAGCGGGGUAAGCGAGCAUUACAAGCGACAUACCUCUAAUGAAACGGUCGCUUGCAUUUCCGAAGUGCAUGCGCGCUCGCAAUACCUUUUGUGUCCCCACAGUGCGGUGGGCUACCAUGCUUUGGUCAAGCAGAUGAAAAUCGACGGUCGUGUGAUGGGAGAAGCUGAAGCGGAAAUGGGAGGGAAGGGUAAUACUUAUCUAUCAUCAAACGACCAUAAGUAGACGUAGAUUUAGAUUCUAGUACCUACAAUGAAAAUAUCAAACUGAUCCUGAUGAUUCCAUUUCUGCACGUCCUUGUUGACCUCGGGAUUAUAACCGCUAUCUUCGUCCAAAAACCCCUCACAUAGGACCGACAAAAAAUGUCGUCCUAGCGACAGCGCACUACGGUAAAUUCGCUUCGAGCUUGAUUCCGGUUCUUGCCAGACAGGACGCCCUUUCAAUGGCACGACUCCAGCUGCUUGAAACGAUGCGUGUUUUUAUGAAAAAUAUUCACGACAUUGUUAAUUUGAUCAACGUCCUCCGCGAAAUGAAAUAUUACUCUUCGGUUUCUGUUUCCGACUCCAACAGAAGUAUCAAUCUUGCAUGAUAAGAUCAACGUUUAAUCAACGCGAUGAUCGUCACCACCAUCUUCAAGUAUAUGACACUGACACAUCUUAGGCAGGUUGCCGAAUAGAUCGUAUCAUCAUAUGACAUUGACACCCUCUCCCGUCAAGCUCUAACCUUUCUCUCCCGGAACCUCUGGCUCGCUUGGACACGGAAAAAGACGAACUCUUAUCCAAAAGCGUGCCUCUUCCCAACGACGCGGAGGUCGUCCGCAGUAACAUCGUGGAUAUUACCCAGUUUUCGCCUUCGAUAAUCAACGAGCGCUUUGCACCUAAGGAACGAGGACUUUUGGGCUCGAUAGCAUCCAGCUUUCUGCGUGUCGACACAGCUUCCUGCCUCGUGGGCCUCCAGCGAAAAUUGGCCCUGUGUGCGCAAGGAACUUGCUGAUGAUCGGCAUCAUGAUAAUCCCUGAAACACCAGAAGCUACUUGUCAAUCACGAAGAAUUUCACAGUGUGUAGUAGCAGUAAUUAGCUAGUACUGAAACGCGCAAGUUGUAGUGUAUGUAGUUGUUGUACUUGUAAUUUAGUGCAUCGUUGAUGAACAGAGCUGAAGGUCGUUGUGAAGUGAACAACAAGGCUAAGAACUUUGUUUUCUUGGCUUUGUUCUUACUCUCAUUCCCUUACUUUCCUAUUACAACUUACAGUUACAAGUAGUUGUUAGGCUUACACCAGUUACACUUAGAUUUAGAACAACGAACAUUAUCGAAAGAAAAACAAAUUCUAUGUUAACGAUCUUACUUUUAGAAUUAGAUCUACAUCCAAAUUGGCGACUACGUGAACAUUCUAAGCUUCCCGUGUGUCGUGAAGUGACAACAUUGUAUAGGCCAUCGAUGAUAUUGUUUCACUUUAACCUCUUGCAGCCACGUACACAUUCGGCCAGAGAUGUAAUAAGUAGAUGGUAUUGAUGAAACGUCAGAGUGUAAUAAAUUGUUGCUAUUAUCCAAUAAAUAUGAUUAUGAAUAUCCAUUGAGCUACUGAUCAUAGAAAAUAUGUCGAUUGAUACGAUUGACAUUGUUGUAAGUAUUUUCUUUUCCCAUGUGUAGAUGUUCAUGUUCUCAUCCUUCGAUUUUUUCAACAAGAAAAAUGAUUCAAAAUUCUACAGGUACUGAAAAGAUUCUAGAUCUCCCAGAAGUCUUCAAGGAAGUAAAAAACUUCCAUACGCAUCAAGAAGAGAAUUUUCAUGUCCAGGUAGGCCGAUAAGAGGGAUGAAGCAGCUACAGUCUGUCACUGUCUUCAGAUAGCUUUCUCCCUGAUUCGAAAAUGACAAUCACUGAUGAGGUGACUUUUGCGAGUACUCAAAAAUGUUAGGUGUUACAUAAACAUAUACAUAGGUCAAAAUAACACGUGAAAUCUGAAAUCUAACGAAGCCUU